AUGGACCAGCGUGAGGGGAGUGCCAUAGACCAGGAUGGCGAUGAUUCGGAAUAUGAAUAUGAGUAUGAUACGUUUGAAGCAGAGACAGUUUAUAUCAACCUCGAGCUAUCUUCAUCCAACGGGCUGAUACGGCCACCGAGAAAGAGAUCGUCUACGGCGAGUCCCACGGACUCACCGAUUGAUCCGUCUUUGAACCCGUCAGUCGACGGGGACGGACAGCAGUAUAGCACCGACCAAGAGCAAGAAUCGCAAAGCAGGAUCCAGAUAAUGGACCUUCACACAUCCAAUCCGAUAAUUUCGUACGGCAACCAGAUAUUCAGCUGCUCCUGGGCGGACAUGAUAGGGACAGAGCUGAUGUUUUCUCGUGCCUCGGAGAGACUACCUGGCUCACUUCCCCCGGUAUGGCGGCAUGAAGAGGACAGUAGCGAGCUGCUGUGCGUCAACCGGGUGAGGAUCGUGGGCCAAAAGGCAAAUUUAAUAUCCAGUGCUGGCGGCCAGAGCGUGUUAGGCAACGAUCCGGCAGAUGCAUCCAGGGUGGCAGCGAGCAACCAGGCACGAUUCCUGGCGCGGCUGGCGAAGGCGAAACAUGCCAGGGGCGAAACGGACACUGUCAGGACGGUGUUUCCGUCGAGAAAGAGCCAGCUUCAGGACGAGAAGAUUGCGGGGUGGAAUAGGGUUGAAGCAGCGGUUGCAGAGGCUGAGAGGUUGAAUAAGCUGGCGCUGGAGGGCGAUGGAGAUGCGCUACUUGCGUUGGAGCGGAUGUAUGCUGAGCGGAGCAGCCAGGCGUCUUCUAACCAGGGUGGCCGUGGGUCUGGGGUGCAGACGGGAUCGACAACGCCUACGGCUAGUGAACCUGCAGGCUCUUGA